AUGGCCGAAGAGUCACCCCAUGUGGUGAGGAUUCCCCGCUCUGACGAGGAAGGGUCCUUUGUCCUCGUCCGCGUGUCGCCAACCAUCCCCAGCUCAGGGCCGUUUGAUGUGAAAUUGGCGGCGACCGAGGGCGUGGCUCCAUAUGUUUUAACGCUGCGGCACAGUCGAAUCGACAAGUUGCGGGUGAAGACCGCGCCAUGUACCGCCGCCGAGUGGGAGCAAUCGCUCGCAUCUGUCCUGCUAGACCAGGGACCGUUCGCCAAUGUGGAUGCGACGGCCACGGUCGAGGAAGAGUCUACGCUGACAAUAAUGAUCCGGAGACGGAUCGAGAACAUUACACAACGCCUCGGCACGUUGUCUCUGGCAUACAACGGGGAUGAGGACAUUGAGCUGUAUGAAUGGUGCGGAGAGAUAGUUCGCAGCAGGGCUCAGGCCCAGCAGCUGCUGGCCGAGACCAUAGCAGAGCGAGACAAGCUGGAAAAGUCGGUAGAUGAGCUCCGCCAGCAGCUCGAGGAGUUCCUAGCAGCCAAGGAGGAAGAUGAGAAUGCCCUUUUGGAAAAGUUCUGCAUGCUGCUCAACGAGAAGAAGGUCAAGAUCCGGGUGCAGCAGCGGCUGUUGUCGUCGUAUGCCGGCGGCAAGGUGGAGGAUGCUGCUUCCGUGGACGAGAGGAAGGAGAUUAAGCAGGAAGAGGAGUCUCCCCCGCCAGCGGCUCGAUCCAGCCAGCGCACAUCCCGGUCCAAAUCUGCUGCCACCACGGCAGCCCGCCCGGUGAGGCGAGGGACGAAGCGGCCAGCCGCGGCGUCGUCCGAGGAAGAAUCAGACGUGGAUGACGGAUUCGAGAGGUCUACAUCCCGUGCUGAAGCCGCACCAAAUCCGGUCGAGAAGGACGCAGACAGUGAGGAUGAGGACCGAACGACGGAGAACGACGACGACAACGGCUCUACGGACAGUGAGGCAGGCGAUCCCAUGGAUGUGGAGGUGAAGGAGGAGAGUCAAGGGGGUGGGGACAAGAUAGCAGCGGGAGUGAAGCCACGACCCACAACAGCAGAGGCAGUCGUAGCGGCAGAGGCGCCGCCACCACGCCGCAGCAUUCCUCUUGGCCAGACACGAAAGGCACCGACGCCGGCACGGCCUCUCCGCCAGGGUAGCAAUACAGAUUCAGAUGAUGAGCUAUGA